AUGACUUUAGUUUCGGAGAAAUAUAUGGAGAUUGUCGACCAACCCAAGUCGUCUCCUGGAUUUUUUUUAAAUUUUAUUGGUGGAACAUUCUUAAUAAGAUUAUAUUUGGCGUUUAAAGAAUUUGAUUGUGUGUUAGGAGAUAGUGGAGAUUUGUUGCCCAAACCCAUCGUUCAAGGUUCAAAUGACUUGGAUAUGAACACUAAUUAA